UCUAAGCUUGGAUCCUCCAGUGGAGCAUAUGCCUUUUGAACCAGAUCACACAUCUGUUGUUCUGUACUCUUUAUAGGAUCAUGCAAAUGAACUGGAUUUAUAGUAGUAGUGUUCAUGCCAUGGCUGUGAGAUUUGUCAUGAACUUGGUUUUGGAUGGCUCUACAAAGUGUUUCGCCUGCGAAAAGGGCUGCUGUGGAUGCUGUUUUGUGUGGGUUUGUUAUCUUCAUACUUGAAGGUCUCUUUCCUACUUUAAAUUGCCAUCUUAGUUUCUGUUCAUAUGUUUUUAACUUUAUUAACUGCAGUAAUAUUGAUAACUAUAAAGUAGAUAUGUCUAAAUGGUUUGUAUGUUUUGUUUUGAGGGGUGAUUUUGGGCUAAAACAGCAUCGUUUUGCUGCAUUACUCCAUCUUUAAUGCAUCCCAUCUCUGCUCUGCUUAUCUGCACCACAUCAUCUAGCAGUUGUUGCCCCUACAUAUCGUCAGCUUUGAGUCCCAUGUGAAAAUGGUUAUUUUGAGCAAUUUGUUCUUCUGCGACAAGGUGUUGGAAGUUGUAUUUUGUGCUCCCAUCUCUGCUUUUCUGCAUUACAUCAUCUACUAGUCUCCUUCUAUGCACUCGUUCGGCUUGAAAUAGAUGUUGGAAUUUGAAUGCGUGGAAACCCCUGUUAGCUCACCUCCCACCUUAUGUACCUUGAAGGCAAGUCUUGUGAUCUACUUAAGACCUUCUCUUCUGUAGUAUCUGGUUAAAGGUUACAGAGUCCAUCGGAGCACCAUAUGAAAUGACAUGCAGAGAUGCUUUAAUAUUGGAACUGGAAGCUUUCCAAUCAUUUAUGGGGUGGGAGUCAAGGUCUCCUUGGUCAAGUCCGCCCAUUAAUACAAAAUGCACAACUUGAAUGAUGCAACUCCAUUACCCAACUCUCAAAACUUUGCUUGGAUUUUUGAGCUUCGUGGGUCUACUAGUUCAUGUCAUGGAGACAGAUAAUCGGAAAAAUCAGAGGCUGGAGGUCUUUGGUAUUCUGAAGGAAGCUGUAACUAUCCCUUGUAAGAGCAUCUACUUCCUCACAUUCACCAUCAUCAUCUCUUUCCCUUUGUUGAGCUUCAUGAUUUACUAUGAAACUUUCCUCUUUAAAACAAUGGUUGAAACUUGGGAUCUUCUGUCAACACGUGAUUAUUCCGACUAUAUUUGGCCACUUCCGUAUCCGCUUAUACCUGAAAACAUGAACCAAGAUUUAGCGUAUAAAUUGAUUCAACUUGGUCUCCUUUAUCUAGUACCUCUUCAUCUCUUAGACCUCUUCACUAUGGUUCUCACAAUUGCUUUAGCAUCAAAGGUAUACUCAUCAGAAGACAGACCGCUGAUUGAUAAACCCAUUUACAUGGCAAAGCUGAGGGGCACUUUCAUCACGUCACUCUAUGUUCUCUUCUGGUCAACCUGUACUCUGCUGGGAUUGAUAUGGUUAGUGAUAAACUCUAUUUUCUUGACGAACUUCAUUUAUAUUGUGUUGUUUUCAGUCAUAUAUGGGGCAGCUUUUGUAGCACUUUUAAUGAAGUAUUUGGAGUGGAGUGCGCAAUGGAACAUGGCUGUUGUAAUUUCGAUAUUGAAGGAGGUAAAAGGGGUUGAUGCUCUUGUUCUCUCUGGUUAUUUAUGUAGAGGUACUGAGAAACUAGGGAGAAUAUUGAUGCUUGUUUUCUUUGCGUGGGGAGUUUGUUUAAGGCUGCCAUGCCUGGUUUUUGGGUACCAUGAAAUAGGGAUUGGAAUGGUUUUACAGAAUGUUUUUUACAGCCUGGGGAAUGUGAUAAAAUGGAUGGCCUGCAUGGUUUACUUUUAUGACUGCAAAAAGAGGGUUUUAGAGAAGAAAGUUGAAGGAGCAGUUUGGAACGUUGAAUGCGGUUGAUUGGAAAAAUAAAAUAAAUAAUUUUGUUUCAGGAAUAAGAAAUUUCAGUAAGUGGAACUUUCUACGCUCUGAUGAUGAAUGCGUUGUAAAUCGUCGUUUUUUAUUUCAUGUAAUCGUAAUUGUUAUGAAUUAAGGAAGGUCAGCUUCCUAUUUUCCA